AUGCACACUCAAUCUAAUAUCUAUCCCAAGAGAUCGCUCUCCCAAACGUCAGCUACCUCAACCUCCUCCCACACUAGCCAGUCCUCUCAAGAGAAAAAGCGCUCCAGAUUGUCGAAGCCCCUCUCCAAUCUCUUUCGAUCCAAGUCUCCUGCACUGAUCGAUAUUCCCAAGAGCCACGAAGACAUAAUGUCACAGCCUCGAGACAUCCCACAGAGCAAUCACAAAAGUUCAUACUUCCCAGACCAAGACUACACCUCAACCAGCCCUACCCAGAUGUCUCCCAGCAUGGGUUCACCGAAGGCGGACAGCCCCAAGCGUGCAUCUACCCCCACCCGCAAAAGCAGCGGCGACUACAAACGCUACAGUGGAACUGUCAACCACUACGGUCGCCACUCCAACGACUGGCUAUUUGGUGGCUUCAGUGUUCGCUAUACUGUUCGUGAUAGCCUUGAUAAGCUCCGCAGCCAGGACAAGGAGAGCUGA